UGACGCUGGCAGACCGGCUUCGCUUGUAAAUUGCCCUACGGAAAAUUACUCCUAAAAUUAUAGUUGUGUGUGUGUUGUCAGCUCGGACAAAUUAAGAUGACACGUUAUCAGUAACUGGCGGCGAAGUGCAGUGAACGUGAAAACCUUGAGUGUGCAAAUAAGUGCUCAGUGCGAAAGGAGUUGGCUGCAUCUCACUGUUUAAGGAACUAAAGUCAGCGAGCUUGUGUGAAAGUGCACGAUGGUUGGUUAGUUGCCCCACUAAGUGUUAGUGAAUAGUAGAUGCCUAAACGAAUUUGAUUGUCGUCGCAAAAGUGAUUGUAGUACGAUUGUAUGGCAUUAAACGCCCUUCAAGUGCUUUAUUGAUAAAGUUUUCUUUGUGUAUUGUCCUUUAAUGUUGCGCAUAAAUUUGAUUAAUUUACGUUUUAAAAGCAAAAAAUCGGCAAAAAUCGAUUAACAGUGUCAAAAUCAAAAUGUUUUGAUUUUUUAUUUAUGUUUGUUGAGAAAAGUGCCCGCGUCAAGCACUUCUGAAAAGUUGCCUUGUUUCUACCACAAUAUGGCCGUCGGCGAUGUUUGGCCACGAAUAAUUUAGUGCGAGCGUGUACUGGGAGUGGUUAUGUUGCAGGAAUAAUUCAAUGAGUUUACAAAAAUGCAAAUACUGAAUAAUUCAUGCACGCCAAAGUUGAGAGAGCGAAUAAACAAAACCUUAACUCCACGACAACGAAUAUACUAGCGAUUGUCACUGUCGAGGCAAAACUCCGCCUAGUAACUAAAUGCAUACAUAAGUACGUGUGUGCGUACGAAACACAUUUGGGUGUCAUCAUACGCCCAUGCGAAUGUUUGUUGCCAGCAACAUACAAAUAGUAAAUAAAAGUAUACGCAUCACCAGAAAAUGUCGAAGGACAGCAGAAGGAUGGCUUAACAGAUCAAAUCUUACAUGAGUUAAACCUUGAAUAGGUAAAUAUACCUUCGCGUGUCGCUUUCUAAUAAACAAUAAAAGAGCUUUAACGGGUUGCAGCGAAAUAACGGUAAAGAUUGUAAAAUGCAAAAUGCCACCAACUCAGCAACAAGCAUUAUUGUUGCUAAAUAUUUCGAACGGCAUGUAUGCGCCUCCAAAGAACUAUGGUUUAAACAAAAAUACGGAAACUUCAUUAACGAAUGUUUCGAACUCAAUAGGCCCACAUUUAAGCACCACUGUAACAACAACAACCACCUACGUAAGUGCCUCAACAAUUAACAACAGCCAAUUGGGGACGGUCGAUGGGUGUAGCAGCACUGCAGUUACUGAAAAGUUCUACUGGAGCCACUUUGGGAUACAGCUGGCAGUGCCCGAAUGGGAAGCUAUCCUUACUACCAUAGUGCUCUCCGUUAUAAUAGUACUAACUGUAAUUGGGAAUGUACUAGUCAUUUUAAGUGUAUUCACCUACAAGCCGCUACGAAUAGUCCAAAACUUUUUUAUUGUUUCGCUGGCCGUGGCCGAUCUAACGGUCGCAUUACUCGUAUUACCAUUCAACGUAGCGUACUCGAUACUUGGGCGUUGGGAAUUUGGUAUACACGUUUGUAAGAUGUGGCUAACUUGUGAUGUUUUGUGCUGUACGUCGUCAAUACUCAAUUUGUGCGCAAUUGCUCUCGAUCGCUAUUGGGCCAUAACGGAUCCCAUUAAUUAUGCCCAAAAGCGUACAGUAGGUCGUGUUCUGCUAUUAAUAGCCGGUGUUUGGAUACUGUCAUUAGUAAUAAGUUCACCACCGCUAGUAGGAUGGAAUGAUUGGCCGGAUGAAUUUACAAGUGCCACACCGUGUGAAUUAACCUCUAAUCGAGGUUAUGUGAUAUACUCUUCAUUGGGAUCGUUUUUCAUUCCCUUAGCAAUAAUGACUAUCGUAUACAUCGAAAUCUAUAUUGCAACCAGACGACGACUGCGUGAACGCGCCAAAGCUUCGAAAAUAAAUACGAUUGUAAGGAAGAGUGGUGAUAAGGACACCUCAGCCGUAAAUAAUGCAAGUGGCAGGCGAGAAAGCUAUGCUCUAGGCUCGUUUUGUUUGGCUAUAUUGAGUUGCGGCAAGUCCUCUGUGCAAUCAACCUCGUCAGUUGCAAUACAAAAUGAUCAAGACUCGGUUAGCAGUGAGACGAAUGCCAAUAACGAAAUACAGGGUGCGGAUAAUAAGCAGGAAACAGAGCAACGUAUAGUUGUUGUGGCACAACGAACGAAAAAAACGCGACGUGCAAAAAUUAAGGAUUCUAUAAAACAGGGAAAAAUGCGAGUUAAAAAACAACAGCAACAGCCAAAAAACGAUGAUGAACCAAACGACGAUAAAAAGAAUGCUAGUGUCGACAUAGCUGGCACAGACGAAUUACUACUCAUGGUCGCCGAAAGUAAAGAAUUAGAAAAUUGUGAGAAUUCAACAAGCUUGCGGAAACUUGCUGCCGAGUGCACAGAACCAAUCGAUUCAAACAAUGACGAUAACACUUCGCUGAAAAUAACGCCGCCACAAUCUUCAACAGGCGCCACAUCCACUGCGGCAAUGCCGUUACAGAAGAAACCCGCAGGCGUAUAUCAAUUCAUUGAGGAAAAACAGAAGAUAUCACUGUCGAAGGAAAGACGAGCUGCACGCACAUUGGGCAUUAUUAUGGGUGUGUUUGUUAUUUGUUGGCUACCUUUCUUUCUGAUGUACGUCAUCCUGCCUUUCUGCGAUUACUGCUGCCCAACAAACAAGUUAAAGAAUUUCAUUACAUGGUUGGGCUACAUAAAUUCGGGUCUAAAUCCAGUUAUUUAUACAAUAUUCAAUUUGGACUAUAGGCGUGCGUUCAAAAGACUUCUCGGAUUUAAUUAAAAGGGAUUCAUAAAUGUUAAUACUACUGAAUGUCGAUAUAGGUUUACUUAUUUCAAUGUUAGUAAUAAUGUAUAUGAAUGCACGAGUAUAUACAUACUUACAGAUGUAUGUAUUUCUCUAUAGUAUCAUAAUUUGUAUAACUUUGUAUAAUGAAAUCAAUAAUUUAUUUUAUAUACAUACGAUUUAAUAUUAUAGUGAACCAACUGUUAUUCUAUUAAUUAUAAUUUAUAUACUCAUUGUUAAUAGAUUGUAUUAGAAAUUUGAAUAAAUAAUAGCAAAUAUAAAUAUAGUACAUACAUACAAUGUAUAUAUGUGAAAAAAGUCAGAGGAAGUUACAGUUUUAAAAACAUUUUCAUUGGCCAUGGCGCAGCAUAGCUAGAAUGUAUCCUUUACUUACUAGAAUGUAUCCUUAAAUAAUAUUGUAAUGAUCUUGCUAGCAUUUGUUCUUUAAGACACAAUUCGCCUUAUUCUCUAAACAGUGGAAACUUAGUUUUACAUACAAAUAUCAAUUUCUGUAAAUUCACACUGCAAAAUAUUUUGUAUUUCUACUAAAUGUCUUCAGACUAAGUACCAAUAACAAAAGCAUAUUAGUUUUUGUGAAAGCUAGACUGCAAUUUUCAAUCCACAAAUCUUCAUUUAACGCCAAAUACUAACUAACUUAUUAUAUUGUAGAAGCUAAUUUAUAAGGGGUGUUUGUACAUUAACUACAUUAAAUUAUCUGAAAAUAGUAUGAUACUUUGUAUAUUAUAUAUAGGAAGUUACAUAAAUACAAAAGCUCUUUGCUUUAAAGCAUAUUUACCGGAGGAGGAAAAUUAUUUAAUCAAAAUUUAAUCAAAAAUUAAUAGAAUAUUUAAAAUAUAAUGAGAUCAAGAAAGACCCGUUUUGACAUUACUUAUGAACGGUGUGUAAUUAUAGCAUUUGAAUAAGUUAUUAAUACUUAAGCUACAGUUCUCUUAACUCUAAAUAUUAGGAAUGAAAGUUGUUAAUCGAUAGAAAUCUUUGUUAAGUACUUUAGUUGUGAAUAAAAAAUGCGUGUGUAUAUAAUUUUUAUGAUAAA